AUGUUGAUUUAUUUAAUACUCAUUUCAUUAGUCAAAGGAAACUGGCACGAUGCUCUAGAAGAAGACAACUUUGAAGCAAGUACCUGUGGAAAAUAUCAAUGUGCACCUUCCACUGCUACAGUCCCUUCAGGAUAUUGUGGAACAGUCACAAAUGUAAACGUUUUCAACUUGAAAGCUUGCCCAACAUCAGGAACAAGCACUUUUUGCAAUACUACAACAUUACAAUGCACAGCAGCCCCAGCCAGUUCUGCAUUAGCUUCUUAUCCAGGCGAGCCUUGCACAAGUCAAUCUGACUGCAAAUAUGGAACUUGCACAAGCAAAAAAUGCGUUGGGGUCGCAAAGAAUGGAAAAUGCACAACACAUGCCCAAUGCGCUCCUGGAUUGAGAUGCGCGCCUGGUGGGACUUGCACUGCCCAAUUGGCAAUUGGAACUACAGGGUGUAGAGACUACCAAGAUUGCGUAAAUUGGGCUGGCUGCAAUGCUACUUAUACAAGCACAAAUGGGACGUGCACCUCUUAUGCAACCCUAAGUAAUGGAGCAGUUGUGACUGACUGUGUUAAUGGAUGGUCUCAUUUAUGUAAAAGCGGAUUUUGCUCAAAUACUCAAAGUUGGUAUGGAAAUAUCGGAAUAUGCCAAUCUGCUCCAACAAGUGUAAAAACUCUUCCUGUAAGUUGUAUAAUUUAUGCACCAAAAUGGAUUGCUAUAACCCCCAGCAGAAUACUGACAAGAAAAAAAUAUGAUCCGGGGCACCGCCUUAUGCAAUCUAAGCCUGAUUAGGCAUCUUGGAUCCUAAACGGAGAUUUGUCAUUUUCGUUUUUACUUUUCAAAAAAGUUGGCAAGCACACAUUAAUCUUCAAAAUUAAAAUGGAUGAUUAAUAAUGAUCGAACAAAUUCAGGGGUAUACACAAGAUACUGACUGUGUUGGAACCGAUGGGACAAAUUUUUAUUUAGGUCAAUGCACCUGUGGCUAUAAUAGCGCUGGAACUUCUUAUUGCAGCUCUUUUAUUGGAGAUGCGCCUGGAGUUUUGCUUAUACAGACCUGGCUUAAGACGUUAAAACUCACAACCUCAUGCAACACUGGCAGAAGGGCUAGUAGCGCUUGCAUGUCUUUAAUUGGCAAAACCACCUUAAUGAAGCAAGUAAAUUUUGGCUUUGCGCACUACCCAUUAACUAUUAACAACGACGCAUGUAUAAAAUCUAUAUACACUCCUGCCUAUUGGGGUUUAUCGCUAUCAGAAGAAUUUGAUACUUUUGAAUAA